AUGCCGGAGUGGAAGAGCGGGUUUGCUGGCGAGAAAUACCCUCUGAAAGAGAAAGACGAUAAAAAAAAGCCGAAAUCUGCUCCUUCAGCUACAGCGGCAGGGGAUGCGUCAUCGAAAAAGGAAGGAAAAAAGAAAGAUGACAAGGAAGUAAAAGAUACCGGAAAAAAAGGAAAAGAUGAAAAGGGAAAAACUAAGGAAGAGCCGGCGAAAGGAAAAGGAGGCAAAGAUGAGAAGAAGAAAGACGAGCCUGCCCCCGGGAAAGGUGGCAAGAAGGCAGCGGAGCCCGAACCACCCGAGGAGAUACCUCUGACGCCUUCGCAAAUAGCCAGGGAAGAAGCGGAAUACCGGGCGCAGGUCCGAAGACGCAACCUGUGCAAGCGCCAGUGGCCUGAAGUGACCAAGGUGAAGGUCCACACCAAGCCUUGGGCACCUCCCGGGCCGCCAGAGAGACCACCCAAAGUUCUAAUAGAACUGCCACCAUUGGAAACCAGACGCUGGAAGCCCCCGUUCCUGAGGCGACGGAAGCCUCGACCCAAGUUACUGAGGAUUUUGCCUGAGGAAAUGACUAUUCCACCGCAGUAUGAGGGCGCUAAGUUGAGGAAGAUCUGGCAUAACUUCAUACAAGUGGACACGAAUAAGAUGAUGCUUCAAGGCAGCAUAGGAUGUAACUCCAAGAGAUACUCGUCGACGCACUGUGGUUCCCAAACCGGCUGCAUUGCUUUGGUCUGCCGAGCACUCCUGGACGAGAAGACCCCAGCCGAACUGGUGAGGCGCGACGUGGAUGACGUUAUCGAGAGCGGGGACCGCUUCUACAAGUCCUGUAUGGUGGCUUUGAAGUGCUAUAAAGGCAAGCCACAGCUGGAGCUGAACCAGCUGAUGCCGUCGUUCUUCUUCCACGACACCAAGUACACGGUGAAGAUGCAGCAGGUGGACAAGGGGCUGCUGGCGAAGCACCCUGACAACCUGGAGGCCGGGUCUGAUUUGUUGCAGUUGAUGGAGAAGCGCGCCGGCAGCAACUACAUGAUGAUUCUGACUGUGGGCGGGGACCGCCACUUCCUCAUCUGGGGCCACCCCCCUGAGUCCGCGGGCUCAGUGAAGACAAUCUGCUACAUCUUCGACCCUCACCUCAUGAACGAGGUCGGGGAGCCGUUCGAACACAAGUAUAACACCAAGGCCAUGUGUUGCGUCCCCAACUGGGGCGCAGGCGCGUUCCUGCGCUACCCCGGGAUCACGUCGUUCGUUCUCGAUUUCUGGAACUCGUACGCAGAUCUGCACUCGGCCAGCAAGACCAAGCCCAAACCGCCUAUCACUCUUACGAAUAUUGAAGUGGUGCAAAGGGAACCAUUGAUCCGGGAGCCGAAGUACGAUCUGGACCUGAAGGCUCUGAAGGUGCAUUGCCAGAGCGAGUGGGACAGCCUCAACAUCAACGCCCUCAUUGACCAGAAGAGAUACCAUGGUAAAUAUCCUCUGGCUUCGCUGAGUGCGAUCAGCCUGGCGUCAUCUCGGAAGUCUUCCAGAAGAAGAAUGAGAGACUUCUUCCAGAAGACGGUUUCUGAGCCACCGCCUGUGCCCCCCAUCCAACCAGAGAAACCGCCUGCUGCCCCCACCAAUGAACAGAUCAUGCAGCUAAGAGGGGAAGACUUCUUCCUCCACUGCCCGAAGGCUGACGCUCACACCUUUGGACGAGACGACCUGAUCCCCCUUCCGAAAGAAGAGGUCAUCCUGCACAGUCCUGUCGAAAUAGCAGACAAGAACUAUAACUCCCAGUUCACACAGCUUGACGUCGAGAAGUGGAUACUGCGAGCUACCAGGCACUUCGCUAGUUAUCGAUAUCAAACGUUUAAAAACUUCACGGGUGUGGCGUGCUGUGUGUCGGCGUUGGCUCUACUACAGCGCAUGCGUGCGCGCGCCUGGAACGAAGAUACCUUGGACGAGACCCUCGAUCUAGGAUACAAUCUGUUCAGGGAGUCCCUGUUAGAACGAGGAGGUCCAAUCCGAAGAUUGGUGCUCGGAGAACUGAAGGAGAACUUCAGGGUUAGGGACAAGGAAUACAAACAUAAGGAAAGAGGAAUUGCCGUGUGGGGCAAGUUGAUAUCAACAAAUCCAAAGGUUUUCGAUUUGUGUAGGGGGAUCGAAGCCUUCUUCAAGGAAGCGGAUUCUGGUAUCCUACAGAUCCCUGGAGAGUACGAGACGGCGAUAUGGAACGAAGGCGGGAAAUAUUACGUGUACCAUCCGUGGCCAGCUGAUAGAUAUGGCACGAGGGUAAGCCUGCAAGGUGGCGGCAAGGCCUGCCUCCUCUACUUCACCCGGGUGACACGACUCUGUGAAUAUUUCAUGGACAACGUACGUAACCUCAAGAGGAAGCCGUUCAGCAUCUCUGAGAUCGGAGUGUUCGAGCUCGGGGAGCGCCCUGAGCCUGUCAACAAGAUGACGCCCGUGGCCCCUAGCCGAUGGAUAGUCCGCGGCAACUUCCACGAGGGAGACGAAAGGUUCCCAGAAGACCACCGCAACAAGCAGGCGACACCGACGUCCAUCGCCGCCAUCGCCAUGGCCGAGCUGAUUGACCCCGCUGAGUGGACUCCUGCUGAUAUCAAUGAGUGCCUGGUCCGCGGUGAUAUUCUUUACGAGAAAACUAUGGAACACCUCGACAAAUUGGGUAUAAACUUCGAGACGCCUGCGAAGAGCGAAGAGAACGAAGGUGGCGAGGAAGAGGAGGUGUCGUCCGGCACCACAGGAACCCUAGCAGCGGCUGAUGUGCUGCCUCGUUUCCAGAUAUCAGAGUACGACUGCAUUGAGACUGAUAUCAUGGACAGCCAGUUUAGUGGCCAGCUCAGCCCGGAACCGGGCAGUGGCGUGAUGUCUCUCAAGCAGUCGCUAGCGGCGCUGUUCAAGGACAACAAGGCGGGCGUGUUCACGGCGCGCGGCGGGUCGAUGGCGGUGUGGAAACAUGACAACCAUCUGUACAUGUUUGAUCCACAUGGCUGCGAUGAGAACGGGCUCCCGUCGGAUGACACCCGCGCUGCCGCGUGUCUCGUCCGCAUGAAGAACAAUAUCAAUGAGCUCGCUGACGUCAUCAUGGGUAACCUGGGCCCCGGCUCCGAUGACAGCUUCAAUCUGUCGCCGGUCGACAUCAUCGCCAGCAAGCUCAACGCUGAGAUUGGCGCUCCUGAGACCAAGCUGGAGAACAAAGCCUUCGAGUGGCUCAACAGAGGCACCGCACAGAUCCUGAUGGGCCCUCGAGGCGAGAACAGCGCUAUUGGCAAGUCUGCUCAUAAGGCCAAGUUACCGGAGGAUGACCUGGCUGGCCGCACGUUGGCGCUGCCAGCAUGCGCCGCAUUCACAGCUGCCACAGACGCCGUUCCUCCACCUGGCAUGCACCAGGACCACAUGUUCAACUUCUUGGAGGCUGGCUCCGAGUACUACAAGAACCACGUGAAGAAGACUGGCCGCAAGGAUAUCAACGUGGAAGAUCUGUCGGAGAAGUUCGAGAUGGGUGUCAACACGUUCUCCAUAGAGGUGGGCGAGUCGACGCGCCUGCCGCUGCGGCUGCCUGACAAACUUGGAGAAGGCGGUGGCGAAGAAGAAGAGGAAAACGAAAGGGAGCUCGGUGAAGGGGAAGAAAUGCCUAAAGAGGAACCAAUGAAACAGAUGAAAGACCUUCUCUUCAAGAUGUGGUACGAUACGAGCAAGCCGACGACGGUGUCUCUGCUGCUGGGAGACUACCACCAGCUGGGAUUGUGGAUGGCAGCUGGUGGCAAGGUGGUGGCGUUUGAUCCUGCGCCCACGCUGCAUAAGGGGCUGCUGACGCCGCAGAGGAUUAAGAAGGGUGACGAGCUUCGUCUCCAGCGCAUCAAGGAUGAGAUGACAGGAGAAGGAGGUGGCGAAGAGGAGGAAGAUGAAGAGGCUGGUGGUGAGGGUGAAGCUUUACCGGAACCGGAACCAGAGUUCGUCCCUCCAGAGUCCUGUCCUGUGCUGAUGGUGUUUGCUAGUCCUGGAGAGUUUAUUGAUAAACUCGUGGAGAAGGGCGGUUUGGACAACAAACAGAUGAUUGCGCCGUACUGGUUGUACCCAGUUACGGUGACCAACGAACUCACCUCCCUGCUGAAGGAGAAGAAGCCUGGCGCCAAGGGAGACGCUGAGGAGGGCGAAGAUGUCGCUGCCGAGGAAGAAGCUUUGGUGGAGCCCCUGGAUGACGCCGCGAUGGGCAAGUAUUUCAUGAGGAUGGGCCGCACCGUCGCCUCCGUCAGGGGCAGGGUCGCGCAGAAUGAGAACUACUUCAUGGACAAGCCUAACCGGGAUAACCAGGACGCAGCGAAUGCAGUAAUGGGCAUAGUCGUUGACAACAUAGAGCCCUACGUUCAUUGGAAGCCGUCGCUUAUAGACGGUGUCUUGAAGUAUGGCGACCGCUUAUACACGAUGUCGGUGCCUUCCGCGCGACAACGGCCUAGACUCGUGCCUUCUGAGGUGCAGAAGGAGUUCCACGUCACCAACUUCAAUGUAAAACUUGAGGUGGAAGGCAACGUGGUGAAUGGGGAUGUCAAAGCUGGCGAUACUGGUGGCGUGCUGAACCUCAAACGAGGGUUGAAGAAGUUCUUCGAGGCUGGGCACAAACAUGGCGUGAUCUGCGCGAAGGACUACUGCGUUGGGGUGUGGAAGGCGGCUGACGACAAGGCUUUCUGCUACUGGGACCCCCACAGCAUUGGCCCCACCGGGAAGAUAUCCCCCGGUGGAGCUGCUGGCCUGGUGCUGUUCUCCACCCUGGAUGAGCUCGCCGAGACAUUCAAGCAUAAUAUUGAUGAGCUGGCGCGCCCGGGAACUAACAAGUAUUCGAUAUCAGCUGUGAAAGUCUUCUGGGAGUUCGCGAAGACGCCAAGCCCGGUGUCGCCGCAGGGCGCGGUGCCCGACGAGGGCUACGAGUGGAAGGUGCUGACUGCUUACGUGGAGACCGCCAGGGGGCGCACCAUCCUGCGCGGUAGCCGCCCUGCGGACCUGAACAAGUUCAUCAGGGAUGCUCUACUGCAGUCGUCGGCGAGCGCGAUCGUUGCCGCGUGCAUGUCUCACGUGCGCCGUCCGCAUCUCUGGACCAGGAAAACUGUGGACGAAAUACUUGGUAUUGGCUGCAAGUUGUUCACUGCGUCAUUGGCUGCACUGGGUUACGAGUUCCGUCCAGGAGAAGACGUGCUGCUUCCUCUUCAGGUGUUGAAGAGAUUCGUGCUUGGUUCUAACUACGUGCGUUAUGAGUUAGAGCAUGCGUUCAGCGGCAGAUUGGAACAGAAGGAGCCAUCAGAGAUGACUGUUAGGGCUGCGCUGGAGCGCUUCUUCGAGCGUCACACGCACGGCAUCCUGUGGUCGGUACCACACGCGGUGGCGGUCUGGCGCGUCAUCGGAGCACCCUCUUACUACAUGAUGGAGCCCCACGCCUGCGGCCCCACCGGCCUCCGGAUAGACGCCAUGGAUGAUGGAGCCGCCUGUGUUUUGACAUUCACUUCACCGAAGUUGAUGGCUUAUGCCUACCUCCAAAACAUUCCGGUGGUGGAGCGCCCGAAGCACGAGUUCGUGAUAUACGCAAUGUCACUCACUGUCCACCCCAUUAAGAAGAUGAAGAACGAUCCGCCGCUGCUAACCGUGCCGCCCGGGACUAAGGCCGUGCCUGCUACUAGCAAGGUCGGCCUGGACGGCCAGAAGCGGCGUGCUGAGGAGAAGGAUCGCAAGCACCCGCCCGGGAGCACCACUUGUCUGGACGCGCAGAAGGCGGCCGACGAGCGCGACCGGGAAGACGUCAAGUAUAAAGGUCAAAGGAACAGCAAUGGCUGGCUGGUGUUGAGCGACGGCACUCAGUAUCUCUCUGCGCAACACUCAAUGGCAUGCAAGCGGUAUCCUUACGCUUCCAGAGGGAACCAGGCGUUAGCAUGCUCUGUGAUGGCGGUAGCCAUGUCGCGGGUGGAAGACGUGUGUCGCUGGUGUUCCACCACCCUCGAUCAGGUGCUGGACAGCGGAGACCAGCUGUACCAGGACAGCUAUCUGCACUACAAGCCCGCAGACACCAACGUGCUCACCGUGGAACAGAUUCUACGCAAGUUCUACACUCCAGGCAACUGUGUGUGUCGUGUGGUCGUGUACCAGUCGCGACAGAAGGGAACUGUCGACAAGGAUCUACUUGAAAAACUUCAAGAGUUCUUCAGAGAAGAGAAGGCUGGAGUGUUUGUUUCUGGCAACUUUGCUGUGGCACUCUUCAGGAGUCCUAGAGGUUUCUACAUGUUCGACCCUGCUGAUAGGGACCGAUAUGGCAGGGCUGUAGCACCACCCUGUGUGGGCAAGGCGCGGGCCUGCUUCUCACAAUAUCCAACCGUGAAGGCUUUGGCGGAAAAACUUGGAGCUAAUAUACCCCCGCCAACGCCGAAACCAACGGAAGCGCGCAAGUCGAAGAGCGGCAUAGAAAUUAAAUCUAAGACGAGCGUCAGAAGAAUGAGCCAGGUACACUUCGAGGGUGUGGCAGAGUUCGAAAUCUACGGCAUGGGUGUGUCGAGUCUCCGGAGACUGAACCAACACGAGAAAUAGAUGAAGCUAAGCUUUCACACGAGCAUUUGACGCUGACAAACUGUGACGAACGUUGACAAACUGUGACGAACGUUGACAAACUGUGACGAACGUUGACAAACUGUGACGAACGUUGACAAACUGUGACGAACGUUGACAAACUGUGACGAACGUUGACAAACAAUGCCAAACGUUGACAAAUGCUGACAAGCGCUGGCUCGACCACACCGCCGUAGAUUUCGACUCUACAAUACUCUCGACAAUUUCAAGAUGCAGAAGAUGGAAACCGAAGUUUACCUGGCUUUUUGAUCUAUAUAAUGUAUAUUGUUAGUAGGGUGAUAGUAAUAAUUGUGUAAUUUUUCAUCUUUACCCUAUUAGUUGUACGGUGGUGUAGGUUUUAAGUCGUUUUUAAACUUAGGUAUUUGUGUUAAAUACAUAAUAUUAAGCGAAGCGAUAGGUGAUUGUGUGGAAGCUACUUUGCAACGAUCAAUAAAAUCAAUAGAUUAUCAAAAUUUGUGCAUGUUAUAGUACGGUCGCCACAUUUCGUUUUGUAUUUUUGAAAUAAAUAAAUUUUUAAAAAGC